AUGGGUUAUGUCGAGCGCAAUUUUGCAGGAGACCCAUAUGCCAACAGCGGCUACUGGGGACCUCAAACAUCUGUCGCAAAUGCACCCUGUACUGACUUUCCUGGUUCGGUAGUUUCUGUGAGGAAGACUACAGACUGUCCAAAUACGCUGCGGAACUUGUCAACAGCGUCACAAAUCUCGCAUAUGGUCCGUGGGACCCUUCCUUGGGCAUCUCAGGACGCAGGAGAGCUGACAGAAAACUGUGAAGUCUACUAUGCCUUCAAGACAUUAGCACCAGGAGAGACUUUAUUGUCGACCACAGCUUUUCCUAACCUGGCUCUCUUUUUCGUCGGGGCCACCUCAUUCGCAUUCCACCUUACCCUGAAGUAUGAGACGCAGAUUUGCGACGAUCUUUCCAUGUUCUGGGUCUGUGCUGCCAUCAUAUACGAGCUGUACACCUUCGACCGUCCGGCCAGCGUCAGAGCAACCUUUGGAAUUCUAUUAACCGGCGUCCUAGGCUACAUCAGUGCUGUCCAUUACCAACUGAAUCAACUGUGGCUUCACAACUGGACGUUCAUUGUUCUUGUCACCGCUAUCUGGCCCCGAGUGUUGUAUCUCAUCAGCCGGAAGCUCAAGGGACCAGACCGAAACAUUGCGCACCAAACGUUCCGGUUCGGUGGCAUCAGUUUCCUCCUGGGUUUUGUUUUAUGGCUAAUCGAUGGUGCUGCCUGCAAAUGGUUGCGUGAAACCAGGGCCACCAUCGGCCUUCCCUGGGAAUUUGUAUUUGAACUGCAUGGCUGGUGGCAUAUUCUGACUUCGAUCGGCGCUGGUAAUACGAUCAAGGUGACGAAGAGGCUUACACGGCAACAGAAAUCCUUGUGA